AUGGGUAUCUCAGAAAAGAUCCAACAGAUCCAGGAGGAGCUUUCCAGGACCCAGAAGAACAAGGCCACGGAGUACCACAUCGGUUUACUGAAAGGUAAACUGGCGCGUUACAGGCAGCAAUUGCUUGAGCCUCCUCCAGGUUCUUCUUCGUCUCCGGGAACGGGUUUUGAGGUCUCGAAAUCUGGUGAUGCUCGUGUGGUGCUUAUCGGUUUUCCUUCGGUAGGUAAAUCGUCCUUCCUAUCCAAGAUAACAAAGACGAAAUCGGAAAUCGCACAGUAUUCGUUCACAACACUGACUUCUGUUCCUGGUGUUUUGGAGUAUGAGGGUGCUGAGAUUCAGAUUGUGGAUUUGCCCGGUAUUAUCAAAGGUGCUAGUGAAGGUAAAGGUAGAGGUAGACAAGUGGUUGCUACCGCUAAGACGGCAGAUCUCAUCAUGAUGGUUCUUGAUGCCACCAAAGGAGCUGAUCAGCGACAGAUUUUGGAAAGAGAGCUUGAGUCUGUUGGUAUCCGGUUGAACAAGCCAAAACCAAACAUUCACUUCAAGAUUAAAAAGGCUGGUGGUGUCAAGUACAACGCUACAUCUCCCUCAAAACACUUGAACGACAAAAUUUGCAGUGCUAUUCUGAGGGACUACAAAAUUCACAAUGCCGACGUGUUGGUGAGAGACGAAAAUGCCACAGUUGAGGAUUUUAUUGAUGUCAUCAACGAAAGCCAUCGCUCGUAUGUGAAAUGUCUGUACGUCUACAAUAAGGUGGAUGCUGUUUCUCUAGAAGAGGUGGAUCGUAUCGCACGUGAGCCCAAUACCGUUGUCAUGUCUUGUGAGCUCGAUCUCGGCGUCCAGGACGUUGUUGAAGAGAUCUGGUAUAAGCUCAAUCUGAUUCGCCUAUACACCAAGCGGAGGGGUGUCCAACCUGACUUCAACGAGCCCAUGGUUGUGAGGGUUGACUCCACGGUGUCUGAGGUCUGUGACUCUGUCCACAGGGACUUGAAGAAUCAGUUCAAGUACGCUUUGAUAUGGGGAGCCAGUGCCAAACAUUCACCUCAGAAGUGUGGCUUAAACCAUGUGGUUAGCGAUCAGGACGUAGUUUCCAUUGUGGCUAAAUAG